CAUUGGCCUGUCUUACGUCACCAUCAACUCAUGUAUAUUAAUUAGCGCGGACACCAAUGGGGACCGCUCAUGUAAUUAAUAUUAAUGAGUAAAUCCUUUGCUGCUUAUGGUUGUUAAGGGCAACUGAACAAUUUGUAAAAGCGCGACAUCUCACACCUUCUUUUCCAUAUAACAAUGAACCCAUUUCCACAUUUACUACAAAAAUGUCUUUUGGACACGAAACAUGUGGAGUGUGCGGCGAUGAUCGUGGCUAAAAGUGUUGAAGUAACGGCUGCGUCCGAAAACUUUUCGAUCCGUCCAGAACAAGCGGAGGUGUUUGUUGACGCUUUUGAUCACGUGACUGUAACCAGACAGAGAGGACUUCACUUUAAAAGCAAACUCUACACCUGUGUACGGGCUGAUAAACACUCAAUAUACUCCAAAUAUGAAGGACGUGGUUUGAUAUUGGUGAGAACAGCACUGUUUGUGAUAGUUGCUACAUACUCACAGAACAUGUAUCCCAGUAUCUGUGUGGAAGCAGUGGAGAAACUAGGUCAUCACCAGACAGCUUGUUCAAGAUCUGAAGGAGAGUGGUACUCCAGUUGUGUAGAGCUGAGUCUGUGGGAAUUUGAUCAGAUGUUCUGAAGUCAUGUAUUACUGACUUAUACAUUUGUACAAAUUGUGAGAGAAAUAUUCAAAAAUGAUAAAUGAACUCUUAUCAUACUUACCUUUAGAAGGAAGUUCAUGUAACUGUAUUACGGCCUGUCUUCUUGACUUCACAGUUUUGGCAUAUUGAGCAAGUUCACAACGAUAGACCACAUGUGCAUUAUCCUCCUUAUGUGUUUUCAAGUCUUGCAACAUUUCAUUGUGUUUUCUCAGUUCCUUAAUCUUUUCAUCCUUUUCCCUCAGCUCCUUGUUUUUUAAAUGAAUUGUUUCUUCCAGUUCUGUAAUUGUUCUUUGAGUAUUUCGAGUGCUUAGCCUCUUUAUUCUUUCCUCUUUUUCUAUAACAAUUUCUUCUAGUCUCUUUAUCUGUUCGUCCUUUGAAGCAAGUAGGCUUUUUAGGUCUUUUUGUUUUCUUGGAUUUAACUGCAACUUUUGCUUGAAGUCUCUGAUAGAAUUGAUUUUAGAUCUAAUCCUCCUAACAAGAUCUGUCAGGUCUGACAGUAAUGCUUUGUUUUUUUUUUAUUGGACCAUUAGGUUUAAAACAACCUGUUGAAGACUUGCUGACAAUAAAGUCUUCAAUAGUCUCAAUAAUCUGCUUGUCAUUUUUUUCAAGGACAAAAUAUAUUUUUCCACAUUUAUCAAUCAAAGAUUUAAGAUUAUUACAUUUGAUAUAAUCCUCAAUAGAAGAACCUCUUAGUUUUUUCUCAUUUGUGAAUACCACAAUAGUGUGACUCCACAGCUGAACCGACAGAAAAUCCUCUAGUGUGACGAUGGUCGAAGCUGGCAUUUCAGACUUCACUUUAAUAGCCAAGAGGACAGCAUCAGGUUUAGUAUCGUAUAAGGACUGCACUCAUUGCGAAAUUUUCCUUUUGGUUUUCUUUGGAUCAUUGAAGUAUUCCUUCCAGCCUGGUGUCCGAGUCAACUGUAUCUCUCUUCCUAAAACUGUACGAGUCACCUUGAUGUCUCGAUUUUUACCACAUAUCCAGGAAGAAAAAAACUUUUUCUUAUAGAUUUCAUUGCCAAUGGAGUUUUUUCCAACAUCAUGGCCUCCAAUUAAAACAAGUUUGAGUGUUUUUAAAACAGGCUGAAUUCCUGAAGGGAAAAUGUUCCAUUAGACUUAAAGAAACAAUGAUGAAGAUAGUAAUGUUUUGUUUAUAUUGCAGAGGACAAUAUUACACUAUUAGAUCUUUAUGGGCACCUAUACUGAUUGUAAAGGAUUAGUUUCACACAAAACUGCACCUUGACUAUUUUAAAGUUGUAUGGGGUCUGAAUGUGCAAGUGGAAUUCUGCCCUACAAAGGCAAAGUGCAGCAACUACGCAACUGAAACUAAGGAGAAUGCCUUUAAAGUUUUUACACCAGCCAGUCAAACGUGUUGUGGGUAGAUUAGUGAUAAUGCAUUUAUGUAAUGCAUUAUUAGGAAGAUUUUUUUAUAGAUAAAAUCCAUGACAUUGAUGUGACCUUUGACCACCAAAAUGCUGCACUCUGCCUUUGGAUGUCAAAACAAGACUAAACCACUUUUGCAAAGUGCAGUAUCUACAAACUAAAUGUGUUCAUCCAGCUUUCUUCUUGUGUUUCUUACUACAUGUCAAUUGUUUUAAAUAACUUUAAUAAUUUUAUUGAUGUUUGCUCGUUGGGAAUGGAAAAAUUAUUUUUAUCG